AUAAGUAAACCUAAACGCAGCGUUUUGAGCCCAAUACAGCAAAGACAGGAAACUAUCGUGCGAGACUGAAACCCUCGUUCGGCGUUCUAGAAGCAGAAGAAGAUUUCUGUUUUAUCUUGUAGAUUUGUGAUCAUUAUUAUCAUCAUCAAUCAUGUCUUGGUGCACUAUUGAGUCUGAUCCUGGUGUAUUUACUGAACUUAUACAACAUAUGCACGUGAAAGGUGUUCAGGUUGAGGAGCUAUACUCCUUGGAUCUUGAUUCUCUAGACAGCCUUAGGCCUAUAUAUGGGUUGAUUUUCCUUUUCAAAUGGCACCCAGGGGAAAAAGAUGAACGUCCUGUGAUGAAGGAUCCAAACCCCAAUCUUUUCUUUGCUAGUCAGGUCAUUAACAACGCUUGUGCAACCCAGGCAAUUCUAUCCAUCCUAAUGAAUUGCCCAGAUAUUGAAAUUGGUGAUGAACUGACAAAAUUGAAAGAAUUCACUAAGAAUUUUCCACCUGAGCUCAAAGGUUUGGCUAUUAACAACAGCGAAGUCAUACGUACGGCUCAUAACAGUUUUGCCAGACCUGAGCCUUUUGUUCCUGAGGAGCAGAAGGCUGCUGGAAAGGAUGAUGAUGUGUAUCAUUUUAUAAGUUAUUUGCCUGUUGAUGGAGUGCUUUAUGAGCUUGAUGGCCUGAAAGAAGGUCCCAUUAGCCUUGGCCCGUACACUGGUGGGCCCAAUGAUCUGGACUGGUUGCGAAUGGUGCAGCCAGUGAUCCAAGAGCGUAUAGAGAGGUAUUCCAAUAAUGAAAUAAGAUUCAAUCUCAUGGCAGUAAUCAAGAACAGGAGAGAGGUAUAUACUGCAGAACUCAAGGAGCUCCAGAGGAGGAGGGAACGAAUCUUGCAGCAGCUGGCUGCAUCCCAAUCUGACCGACUGGUGGACAGUAGUACAUCAGAGCAAUUGAGCAAAUCUCUGUCAGAGGUAAAUUCUGGGAUUGAGGCCGCAACUGAAAAGAUAUUGAUGGAGGAGGAAAAGUUCAAAAAGUGGAGGACAGAAAAUGUUCGUAGAAAGCACAAUUACAUACCCUUUUUGUUCAACUUCCUGAAGAUUCUUGCUGAAAAGAAGCAGCUGAAGCCUCUUAUUGAGAAGGCCAAGCAAAAGACGGGAAUGUCUGAGGGAUAGUUGUUUUACGGUUAGCUGUGUGAUAUUCCUUGCCAACUCUUCUUGACUAAAUAUUUUAAAAUUGUAUGCUAUUAUUUAUCAUGGAGAAUUUGUUAGUGCAACUUUUUGCGCAUUUUGCUAGCAUCCUUAGUAUUAGUUCUUUUCUCUUGGUUCUCUCUGGAGCAGCAUGACGCCCCAGGGGGCUUCUGAGGUAGUAUUAACAGGUUCAAGCUUUGGUUCAUCUAUCUCACCAUGAACCUAAUGUUUGCCCCGCAUCAACGAAUUCUUGGAGCAUUUAACUUGUAAAACAUGUUUUUGCUAUUAACUAGCAAAAUACCAGUUCCAUGGGAAGUUGUCUUUUC